AAAACGCAAGCAAACGCUCCCAACGCAGCUCGACCCAACCCGGAUGAAUCCCGGCACAGUGAUCAGAGCGCAAAGUGAUACAUCGCACCUGUGGGGAGUAACUAUGCGCAAAUCAUUUGUUGUAACUGUACUUGAGUAGAUUUUUCAGGUUGACCAAAUGAAGACAGAGCACAUUACCUGCACGGCGAGGCUCCCUGUCCGGUCGCUCAGAGAUGGAUCACAGAACCUUUUGCCGCCCUGGUGCACAGCAGAGGGACAAACCCAUGCCGACGAGAAGCGCAACAACCAAAGCCAGCUUACGAUAUUCCUCGGCAUUAUUGAAUGACAGAUGCAACGUUCCCGCUCGGGUGAACUGAGAUGAACCUUGGAGCUUUUUUUUUUUGCAUGAGACAGGUGGGACAGACUGAGAGGCAGGGAAAAGAACCCCACAGCAGGCCCCACAGCCGCAGGGGACCGCCCGGCUCCCCCACGGGAAGAGGAAGAGGAGACCGCAGCGGGACGCAAGGAACAGAAAGAAGAGGAGGAAGCAGGCCCGAGGGGGCGACAACGGGGGGUCACCGCCCCCACCAGUAGCCAGAGGGGGGGGGGACCAGGCGGGUGCCGGCCGGCACCGCCCCAGCAACCACGGAACAUGGGCGAGUCACCAUCGCGCCACCAUUACUCCCCAGGAGCAGCGCCUCCCAGUGGCUAAAAGGGUGUAUGACUGCGCGCGCGCGUGUGCGCGGCACUGCGGAUGCAGAGCUUGUCGGCUCCUUGGCUCGCUCGCUCGCCGCAUGUGCCUGCCGUUGUUGAGGCAGAAGCAAGAAACAUGACCGCGUGAAGACGCCGGGAUGUCUUUCAAGAAGGACACGCCGCUGGCCAACGCGGUGUUCUGGGCGGCCCGCAAGGGGAACGUGGCUCUCCUCCAGCUGCUGCUCAACAGCGGACGAGUGGAUGCAGACUGCAGGGACAAAUGCGGAACAACGGCGCUGAUGGUGGCGUCCUACGGCGGCCACGGCGAGUCCGUCAGAGAGCUCGUCAUGCAGGGAGCCGACAUCAACUACCAGCGAGAGACAGGUUCUACCGCUCUGUUCUUGGCUUCCCAGCAAGGUCACGAUGACAUCGUCAAGCUCCUUUUCGAAUUUGGCGCCUCCACGGAAUUCCGCACCAAGGACGGAGGCACCGCGCUGACCGCAGCGUGCCAGCACGGACACGCCAACGUGGCGGAGACGCUGCUGAAAAACGGCGCCAACGUCCACGACCGGCUGAACGACGGGGCCACGCCUCUUUUCCUGGCAGCUCAGGGCGGUCACGUGACCGUUAUGCGUCAGCUGCUGGCGUCCGGCGCCAAGGUGAACCAGCCAAGAGAGGAUGCUACUGCCCCCCUGUGGAUGGCAGCGCAGAUGGGGCACAGCGACGCGGUCCGAGUGCUCCUCUUGCGUGGUGCAGAUCGCGAUGCCUACAGAGAAGACGGCUCCACGGCGUUAUUUAAAGCGGCCGUGAAGGGACACGGCAGCGUCAUCGAGGAGCUCCUCAAGUUUUCUCCUUCACUCGGCCUCCUCAAGGUAGUCAACCGACAACGUGGAACAAACACAAAAAAUGGCUCCACAGCCCUCCACGCUGCCGUCGUGGGCGGGAGUCUCCGCAGUGUUCAGCUUCUCCUCGGCGCCAACGCCGACCCGGCGCUCGCCGACGAGAACAACGAGCUCCCGGCCGACCUCGCCAAAAGCCAACGCAUCUUGAGGGUUCUGCAUCCUAAAGUCUUGAACGUGACGGCAGAUGACAAUCGCUGUUCCUGUCUUGGCGUCUGCCUGCACUAAAAAUAACAAUAUAUACUCGCACGUGUGUGAUGUCAUGGCUGUUUAAUUCUAUUAAAUAGCACAAAUAACACCCAGCCAAAAAUGUGCAACUUGGCCACCGUUGUUUUUCUCGUGUAACAGUUACAUAUUUUCACACUGUUAAUUUGCCUUUUUAAUACAUGCAUUAAAGUGUCAAUUUUAUGAUAUGCGACCUGUGGCGCACAUUGUUGGAUGUAAAUAGUUACGUUAAUUACAUAAAUGAAUUACACCGGGGUUGUUAAUGAGCUUUAUCAGUAACGCUACACUAGUGCCAUAUGUGUACAGUUAAAUACUUUAUGUCAAAAACAAUCAUUGGUGUUAUAAAAGCAUCAUUUUAAAAAAUGAUACGCAGUACUGUACAUGUUUUGGUCCAUAUUUGUUCAUUAGUUUAUGAAAAUGUAUUUAUUCCUUUUUAUUUUUUGAUUCAUGUCUGAUUAAAUUUGUCAAUAAUUUACUGUAAAUAAUAAAAUGUUUGCAACAUAAACAAUA